AUGGCGAUGUCGCCAUUCAAUCCAAUGCGCAAGUACUCAUGGUGGUGGGAUAGUCACAUAUCCCCCAAGAACUCCAAAUGGCUCCAGGAGAAUCUCACAGAUAUGGAUAGCAAAAUCAAAGUGAUGAUCAAGAUUAUCGACGAGGAUGCUGACUCAUUUGCCAGAAGAGCAGAAAUGUAUUACAAAAGGCGCCCAGAGCUGAUGUCUUUGCUUGAGGAGUUGUACCGUGCUUAUCGAGCUUUAGCUGAAAGAUAUGAUCAUGCAGCUGGAGAACUCCGACAGGCCCAUAAAAAAAUGGCAGAAGCAUUUCCCGAUGAGUUUCAGUUGGACUUUGAUGAUGACCUGCCUACAGAAACUGCAUCUACUGAAACUGAAACAGACAAUCGAGAUAUGACUCCAUUUUUCCUUUCAUUCAUCAAGGCUGGUGAUUCGAAAAAACGUGCUAAAGAUGAGCAGGACCAUGAGAAGCUGCAGAAAGAGAUAUCAAGUUUGUCACAGGAAAAUCAAGAACUCAAGAAGAAAAUUUCAUCAGUGUUAGAAAAGAGCAAUAUGGCUGAAUCUGAAGUUCUUUCUCUCAAGGAGGUCCUUGCAGAACAAGAAGCAGAGAAGGAAGCCGUAUUUUCACAAUGCCAGCAAUCCAGUGAUCGAUUACAGAGCCUCAAGUCUGAAAUAUUGCAUACCCAGGAGGAGUUCAAUAGACUGAAAGAGGAGAUGCAAAAUGGACUACAGAAUUUGAGCACUGCAGAGGAGCGGUGCCUUCUGCUUGAGAGGGCUAACCAGAAUUUGCUUCUGGAGCUAGAUAAGCUGAAGCUUGCCUCAAAAGAGAAGCAUGACGAGCUAAAUGAGAAGCACAUUGAGUUGGAGAAGCUUAGUAUCUCUAUACAAGAAGAGCAACUCAAGAGCAUGCAAGCAGAAAUGGCCCGGCUAUCUGUGGAGAAGCAAUUGACACAAGCACAAGAAAAGCUAAGACUUGUGUCUCUUGAAAAGCACGGGGAAGCAAGUAAGAUUGAGAACAUUGAAGCAACCAGAGUUCAACUUCAAAAGGAAUUGGAAAGUAUUCGAGAAGAGAACCGGAAAUUGGAUGAUCAAAACCACUCCUCUACCUCUGUGAUAAUUCGUCUUCAAGAUGAGAUAAUUUCUUUGAAGAAUGCACAGCGGCGUCUUGAAGAGGAGGUGUCUCGGCAUGUGGAGGAGAAAAAGGUGCUUCAGCAUGAGCUUUCACACCUCAAAGAUAACAAGGGUGACUUGGACAGGAAGCACUUUUCGAUCAAGGAGCAAAUACAAGAGGUGAAUUUCAAUGUAGAAUCACUCCAAUCACUUGCUCAAGAGGUGAGGAACGGAAAUGUUGAGCUAAAAGAGACCAUAAAAAAUCAUGAGGGUGUAAAAGCCUUGUAUGUUGAUAAUCUGAUGCUGCUGGAGAGGACGCUGGAGAACAAUGCUCAUUUGGAGAGAUCGCUUUCAGCUGCAACUACUGAAAUUGAAGGAUUGCGGGAGAAGAAAGCUGCAUUGGAAGAAUCACGCAAGCACCUUCAUUCCAAGGUUAAUGGGCAUCUGUCUGAGAGAGCCAUGUUUGUUGCACGGAUUGAGGGUAUUUCUCAUACCAUGGAGAAGCUAUCAGAGAAGAAUGUCUUCUUGGAAAAUUUGUUAUCUGACAACAAUACAGAGCUGGAGUUGCUUAGUAGGAAGCUGAAAGAUUCAGAGGAAUCUACUCAUACAUUUCGCAACCAGAAUUCUGUACUUCGAUCUGAAAAAAGAACUCUUAUGCGUGAGGUGGAUAGCAUCAAUAGUGCUCUACUCAGUUUGGAAACCCAAUAUGCAGAGUUAGAAGGGCGAUAUUUGGAUCUUGAGCAAGACAAAGACAAGGCCCUCAAUGAAGUGAUCAAACUACGAGAGCUGUUGAGGCUAGAAAAAGAAAAACACAAAGAAGUCACCAACUCAGGCAUGACUCAAUUCAGUGCUAUACAGAAGCAGAUAGGCCUACUUCUAAAAGAAGUUCACCGCAGGGAGGACCAGCUUCAAGAGGAGGAGCACAAGAUUGUUGAAGCUCAGACUGAGAUUUUUAUCUUACAGAGGUGCUUAGGCGACAUGGCUGAAGCAAAUGCUGAUGUCUUGGCACGAUUGCAGAAGCAACAAGUGGUAUGCAAGGAUCAAGAGGAGAAAGCUGAUUUCUUGUCACAGAACAACCAGCAGCUGACUGAAGGGAUAGGUUCUGUAGUUGAAGUACUGAAUCUGGAUGAGAAAUACGGAUCAUUGGAUCUGAUGAAGGUUGAUGUUGUUGUGCAGCUCCUCUUGCAUGAGAUCAAGUGCCUGUUGAAUACUAUUUCUGAUGCUCAGGAUGUGAAACAGAACCAGAUCCUUGAGAAGUCCCUUGUUGUAACGCUUCUCGAGCACUUUGGGCGAGAGGUGGCUGACCUGAGGUCAGAAAGGAGUGUUCUGAAGCAAGAGUGGCAAACAAAGAGUGAGGAGCUGCUGAAGCUGCAGGAGAUUGUCAAGCUGAUUGAAGAGAACACUUCACUCUCUAGCAAAGUUUAUGGCUCCAAAGAGAAAGAGAAGUCAUUUGAUGAUGAUUUCAGCACACUUAUUGGUGAGGCGGUCAGGACAGAUAUCCUUGGUGUCAUUUUUAGAAGCCUUCAUGAAGAGAGGACAUCACAAUUGCAGUGUUUGCAUGAGGAUUUUGGGUCUCUACAUGCAGCAGGCAAUGAGCUUUAUCAGGAAAUCAAGCUGAUGAACAAGAAGCUCGGAGACCUACAGCUUGAGAACAACUAUCUUGAGAAGGAACUCAGUAGAACUCUAAGCAUCUGUGACGGCUCUGGUACAGAAAUUUCCUCUGGAAGAAGGCGCGCUAUGAGGAGGGAUACAAAGCUAUUAAAAUCUGGCAGGAAAAGCCAAGAGAUUGGCCAGAACAUGGAACAGCGAAAAGAAGUUGACAAUGCUGGUCUCGAGAAAUCGAAUGAAAUGCUUAGAGAGGAGCUCCAGAAGUUGAAAAUGAACUGCAAGUGCUUAGGAGCAAGGAACAGCCUGUGA